AUGGUGAGCCGGAAAGAAGGAGAAAUUGACGAUGCUUUGAUUGGUGGGAAUGCAUCUGCUGAGGGCCCAGAAGGAGAUGGGGCAGAGGCUACAGUUGUCACCGGCGUCGAUAUCGUAAUGAAUCACCAUCUUCAGGAAACAAGUUUCACUAAAGAGUCUUAUAAGAAGUACAUCAAAGACUACAUGAAAGCAAUCAAAGCCAGACUUGAGGAAACGAAGCCAGAGAGAGUAAAGCCGUUCAUGACAGGGGCUGCAGAACAAGUUAAACAUAUCCUUGCAAACUUCAAAAAUUACCAGUUUUUUGUAGGCGAGAACAUGAAUCCUGAAGGCAUGGUGGGAUUGCUGGAUUUUCGUGAGGAUGGUGUAACCCCAUAUAUGAUUUUCUUUAAGGAUGGGUUAGAAAUGGAAAAAUGUUAACAAGAGGUCUUCCCUCCUGGAUCGUCUGUCGUCAUCCUCAUCGUCAUCAUUGGCUGCUGCUCUUUCCUCAUCCACAAACCAUCAUGACUCAGCAAUGUCUGGCAACUGGACUGCUGUCACCUUGAGCUUAAUUUGGUUUAUUUUGACCCUGAAUUGAUUGGAGUGGAGGCAUUGUUUUUAAAAACAUGUCAUGUAGGCUGUCUAAAAUAAAAAAACUCAUUGAAACCCA